AGACAUUUUUAGAUUUUGAAGAAGUAAGGAAUACUUAAUUAUAAUAAUGGUCCUUCCAACAUUUCAAAAAUUUUGCUGUUGCUGCUCUCUUGAGACUGGUGGAAUUAUUGUUGGAGUUGUUAAUUGCAUCUUCGGCCUUUUAGGAGUCCUAAGUGGAAUUACUAUGAUAUUUUUAGGCUCCGCUCUGAUGAUGUAUCAAUUUACGAAUGCUAGUCUUUUUUGGUGGGGAGUAGGAUACAUUAUUGUUGGCACCAUAUUCAUUCUGUUCUACUUGAUUUACUUUAUUGCCGGAGUUUUAUUGAUAUCUGCCGUAAACAAACGAGAACAUGAAAGAAUGAAGCUCAUACUUAUUCUUAUGGUAAUCGGAGUUAUUGUGUCAUUCAUUUCUAUAGUUACUUCUGUAUUGGGAGGAUUACUUGGAGCCAUUAUAUAUUCACUUUUCACAUGCUACUUCUUCAUUUGCAUUUAUUCUCUUUAUGUCAAACUUAAAGAUGAAGGUCGUGCUGGUCAAGUUCAUAUCCAACCGUCGCCUUAUGCAUAAAAUGUCGUUUAAAGGACUCAGCCAAUGUUAUGUUUUUGAAAUGACAUUUCAAUAGUUUAGAAACUUUGAAGAAAUAAAUAAAAAUUAACAAAGUUU